GUAAGUGACUUCGCGAAACUUCCUAACAACAAAUAUCAGUUAAUUUCGUAGUAAAUUAGAGAGAAAUAUUCAAACAAACGCGCAAAAAUGUCCGAUAACAGCGAGAUGUUUGACGGGGUUUUACUCGGCCUGGCCGAAAAACAUCCUGGAGGUGUUCCCGAUUUAUUAAAGACAAUUGCCGAGUUUUUGGGCCGCAAGACAGAUUUCUUCACUGGCGCCGGCGAGGACGUCUGGAAAAAGAUGUUGCUCAGUAUUUUCGAGGAGGCAGCCAAAAAGUCCGUGGCUGAGCACAAGGAAAAGAUGGCAAAACGUGCCGAGGCCGAACGCAAACGCAAGGAGGAGCAAGCAAAGAAGGCAAAAUUGGAAUCCGAUCAAUCCGGUGUCACGGAGUUGACGGAAGAGGAAGCUGAAGCCUUACAAAAGGAGAUUGAUGCAAAGAAAAAUCCUACCUCUGUCGAAUCAACUUCGAAUGAACCAAAGAAGAAAAAGGUUGCACCAGUCAAAUCUGCACCCGGAGAAGAACUUUCGAAACCGAUUGAAGCCACUGGAGACGCCGAAGACGAUAAGGAAGUUGGUAAAUUAAUGCCAAACAGUGGAAAUGGAGCAAACAUGGAGAAAUACUCAUGGACACAAACAUUGUCAGAAGUUGAGACAACGUCAGAUAAGGAUUUAGAUGGCACCGAGGGCGAAACUUCGGAUUACGUGGAAUCGGACGACGACGAGGAGUUCUCGUCCGAUGAUGACGAUGAUAACGAAGCGAAUAAAACGGUGAUUGAAGUAAAUUGCGGCGAUACCGAAGACGAAAUCGAAUUGAAAAUUGUCGAUGAGAAGGAAAUCGAUAAAGACGUCAAGGUGCCAGAGAAGCAAAGCCAGAAGUUUGUCUCAUUCGGGUAUUUCGUGGUCAGAUCGCGAAACGAGCAACUACGAAACUUCUGGCCCCCACCAAAAGUCCAUUUGAAGAAAUUGAGAUUGGAUCAUCAUCCGCCGCAGAAUAUUUUCCCGGGAUGCUACCAACUUCCGUUGCUCAUUGAGCAAAUGUACGACGAACUGGAGAGAAAUCAUCCCAUUUUCACAUCUUUGGUAUCGGAGUCGGCUUUUGCUUAUUAUUGUGCUGUCGUUGUCUACAAUCGCAUUUUGCAUCUGCGAAAAAUGAACGGAGAAGUUUUGACAACGGACGAGAUGAAAUUUAUUAAGCAAGUUGACGCCUUGAACCUGCGUGUCCCAUGUUUGCUGCAAUGUUACAUCGCUGGCAUGGGAAAUGUCACGAUCCAAGAAGGGCAUAUUCGGGAAAAAUUCCGUUUCAAGACACACCCGAUCACGUACGUCACCGCUGCAGACAGUUCGAUGGGCUGGUUUGGACGCGUUGCUGCCGAAACGCACUUUUUGUACCAAAAAUACCCCUGUUUGACGGUAUUUGCCAAGCGCAUUGUCGAAGAAGUGGGUUUCGAGAAGGGAAAUAGCCCGGUUUGGAAUUUGCCGGAAGAUAUUGCCCCCGCGAACGAAGAAGCAGGAUUCCCCUCGGAAAAUCUCCUCGGCUAUGGGCCAUUGCAACCGUUGCGUGCCAGUCAAAAGAUUUUCCUGAAACGCUGUGGCAUUAGUGAACCACGUUUCCCAACGGCAAACGACACUUUUUGCCUUUGCUUGAAGCUGCUUUCGGAAAUUCGCAGAGAACUCGUGGCCGAAAAGCAGUUGAAACUCUUUUCGUCGAAGAUUCACGGAGAAAAUGGAUCGGUAGCGCAAUUGCCGUAUCACCGUUUGACUGAAAUACCAAAAUCCGACAUGCAAAGUGACAUUGCUCCCAUCGAAGCGGACGGACCUUUUCGUCAAUUCUCGAAAUAUCGGUUCCCAAAUGCUUUGCACGUGGCCAGCUUGAAGUUCCAGUACCAGAUUGAGUGCGUCGUCAAAAAUGACGGGCCAAAUUUGUGGAGCAUUUACGACUUUGAUGGCUUUCAAAAGGUUCCGAUUGAUUGGUGCGAGACCAUGAAGUCGCAAAAUAACGGAAAAAUUGACAAAGAGGUCAAUUACAGCACACAAGACCAGGAUUGGGCUGAUUUGGUGAACUUCAAUUUUGACAUUAACGCUAAAGAAUGGUUGCGUCCCUUCAAACGUAAUUAACUCAUGAAAUUACGUAGCAAAGUUUCCUUAAAAAAUAUAUUUUCUAAAUGAACAAGAAAUAUUACACUGACUUAAAAUAUUGAAAUACCAUUAAAACUACUUGAUGUA